GCUGGUGAUAAAGGACAACCUGAGCCGGGAUCUGGAGAUGGCUGAGGAGGAUCCCCGAGGUCUGAGCACCCCUUUCUCACUCUCCUUUUCGGGCAGUGGCUUCCUCGCCCUGUACCAGGUUGGGGUGGUUCAGUCCCUCCUGGAGCUGGCUCCCGAACUCCUCAAAUCCGCUUGCAAGGUCUAUGGAUCAUCCGCGGGCUCGCUCAUCGCCGCGGCCGUGGUGUGCGGCAUCGGCCUCGAUGACCUAAAGGAAUUUUUCUUUGCCAUGGCAAAGGAGGCCAGAGAAACCAUCCUGGGUCCCCUGUCUCCCAAGUGCAGCCUGCUGGCAAAUAUUAAGGCUGUUCUGCAGAGGAUGCUACCAGAGAACUCCUACCAACUGGCUUCGGGGAGGCUGCACAUCUCCCUCACACGGGUGGUGGAUGGCCAGAACGUCAUGGCCUCAGAGUUCAGCUCGAAAGAGGAGCUCAUCCAGGCUCUCCUCUGCAGCUGCUUUCUUCCCAUCUACUGUGGCUUCAUCCCUCCAUCCUACCGAGGUGUGCGAUAUGUGGAUGGAGGAUUCACUGGUCUGCAGCCUGUUUCCAGCUUGGAGGAACCUGUGAUCACCGUGUCCCCAUUCACAGGAGAGCUUGAUAUCUGCCCAAGGGAUUGUCCUGCCAUCUUCUUCUGCUUCCAGAUCUUCAACGGCAGCAUUCAGAUCUCAAUAGAAAACCUCUGCAGGAUUAGCUAUGCUCUCUUUCCACCCAGCACCAUGGUCUUGAAUGACAUCUUCUCCCAAGGGUACCAGGACACUGCCCUUUUCCUGUACAGGAACAAUGCCUUUGGCUUUAAUUACUGCAGUGGGAAUUUCCGCUUCGCCAGCUCAUGUGGGAAGAAUGACUUUGCCCCAUCCAAAAGGACCUGCACUGGCCUAUGCAAAAUGGAAACACAGUGCCCAGCUCCUUGCUUCCUGCCAGGUAGAUCUGGGGUGCUCAUCCUGGGUUUCAAGGCCUCUGAGGGCUGCUGCAGUCUUUGA